CCAAUUGUUAACUUAGAAAAAUGAUUCUUUCCUCUCUUCUCUUGUUUACUAGAAACACUAUCCAUCUCAUGUUUGAGAGAAGUCUUCUCUCUGUUGGCCAACGAGCCUUUAUCUUCCUGCUGCUUCUCCAAAUUUGCCAUGGCAAGAAUAAUCCUUGUGCUCCUUCCUCAUGUGGUAAUAUCCUCAAAAUUAGUUACCCUUUCCGACUACAAACUGAUCCAAAACGCUGCGGAGACCAUAGAUAUUCACUUUCCUGUGAGAAAAAUACCACAGUACUGCAUCUGUUCCCCGGAAAAUUCUACUACGUUCAGGCAAUUAACUACAACAACUACACAAUCAGAUUGGUGGAUCCUGGUGUUGUUAAAGGUGAUUGCUCCUCCAUGCCUCGUUUUCCUUUAACUUCUGCCAGCUUCUUCACUGAUGGGUUUCCAUAUACGCUGGUGAAGUACGGAUCUACUUAUACGUCGACUAGAUUUUCGAGAGAAAUUGUUUUCAUGAACUGUGUGCAGCCAGUAAAUUCUACUUACUACGUGGACGCUACUUCUUGCAUUAACAAUGGAGCGAAGCAUUCUUACGUGAAGAUUGAAAUGUUCGGCGGCCUAACAGCUGGGGAUUGGAUGGACACGUGCACAAUCGUGACGGCGGCAUUGUUACCUGCUGAAAGGAAUUAUAAGAACAUGUCUUACGUUGAAAUUCACAGAGAGCUGGCUUAUGGGUUUGAGAUUUCAUGGCUGAAUCACCGAUGCAAAAUGUGCAAAUCCAAACAGUGCUUAUUCGAUGAAACAGAAAAUAAAAUUUAUUGCUUUGAGGAUAUGCCGGAUUAUGUCGGUGAAGUUUGCUACCUUGGUUUCAGUCACUUCAAAAAUGUACGGCAGUGCUCCUACUAUAAUGCUUCUUCUAGAGCACCUGGUCAAUCCUACAAAAUUAUAAGUGAGUUAUGUCUCUAUCUUCAUCUUGUUGAUGCUAAUAUUUCUUUCAAGUUAAGAACAAACUUAUGCUCAUGUCUCUUGCAGGGACUAUUUGUUGCAGCAAGAAGCUUAUGUGGAACUCCAUUUGUAAUUGUGUUCUUAAUCUAUAAAUGGCGAAGGAGACAUUUAUCAGGAUAUAACACAAUUGAAGAGUUUCUACAAAGUCAAAAUAAUUUGGCACCUAUAAGAUAUUCAUACUCAGACCUUAAGAAAAUGACAGGAGGCUUUAAGGAAAAGUUGGGUGAAGGAGGAUUUGGUUGUGUAUAUAAAGGAAAACUUCGCAGUGGCCGUAUUGCAGCAGUAAAAAUGUUGAGUAAAUCAAAAACUGAUGGACAAGAUUUUAUUAAUGAAGUUGCUACAAUUGGAAGAAUUCACCAUGCCCAUAUAGUUCAAUUAAUUGGGUUUUGUGCAGAGGGAUCAAAGUAUGCUCUUGUAUAUGAUUUUAUGGCUAAUGGAUCUCUUGACAAGUAUUUAUCUUCUCGUGAAGGAUCUAUGUCCUUAAGUUGGGAUAAAUUAUAUGAAAUCUCUCUUGGAGUAGCUCGUGGUAUUGCAUAUUUACACCAAGGCUGUGACAUGCAGAUCUUACAUUUUGAUAUCAAGCCACACAAUAUUCUUCUUGAUGAGAGUUUCACUCCAAAGAUUUCUGACUUUGGGCUUUCUAAAUUAUAUGGGACAAAUGAUAGCAUCAACACUCUCACUGCCGCAAGAGGAACAAUAGGAUAUAUGGCACCUGAGCUAUUCUAUAGAAAUAUCGGACGUGUAUCACAUAAAGCAGAUGUCUAUAGUUUUGGAAUGCUGUUACUAGAAAUGGCAGGUAAAAGGAAGAAUUUGAAUACAUUGAUAGAAAACUCAAGCGAAACUUAUUUUCCACUUUGGGUUUAUGAUGAAGCCUCUAGCGAGAAGGUUGAAGAAAUAAGUGAUGCCAUGGAGGAGUCAAAUAAAAUAACUAAGAUGAUGGCUGUGGUUGGCCUAUGGUGUAUACAAAUGAAACCAAGUGAUCGUCCUUCAAUGAAUAAAGUUAUAGAAAUGCUUGAAGGAGAUAUCGAAAGUCUACAAUUGCCUUCGAGGCUUGCUCUAUUUCCAGAAGAAACUACAACACAAGAUGAAGAGGAUUCUUCUUCCACAUCUAUGUCAUUUGACAUUUCAGAAUCAAUCAGUUUGAUUGAAAAUGCAUCUUAAAUUUACUAUUUGUCAGUUUGAUUGAAAGCUUCUAAUCAUUAAUAAUGCCCUGAACUUGAAUGGGAGGGGAGAGGCUACCAAUGGCUUGAAAAGUAUAUUGAGAAUCGUCCUCCAUGAUGAUAGUAGUUAAACCUCUGGCUUUUGCAAGUAAGAUGCCUUCUCUAAUGUCUCCAGAAUUAAAGCUUAAGAAAUGUUAGGCUGCCUCUUACAACUCCAAGCCGAGAUAUUCUCCAUGCAAUCUCAAGCAACUGUUGCAACUGAACACAUUCAUUUGCUAUGGUCGACUCCAGCAUCAAAAUUAAGCUUAAUGAAAUUCAAAGGUGAUUAUUAAGACAUCAAUACAUUAAGACGAACAUUUGAAAUAGAGGUGAAGCAUCACAGGCUCCUCAUUUGUUGGAUGGACUUUGAAUCCUCGAAGUAAUUUCAACAACCAUUUUCACCUUUCUAUCCUUCUCCACUUUGACUAUUCAGCUACAACUAC